AUGUCAGACGAGGUCAAGAUCUACGACUUGGAGCAAGUUUCAAAACACACGACCCACGACGACUGCUGGGUCGUGAUAAACGGCAAGGUCUACAACGUCUCGUCGUAUAUAGACGAGCACCCCGGAGGGGAAGAGGUCAUCUUGGACGUGGCUGGCGCCGACGCCACCGAGGCCUUUGACGACAUUGGCCACUCGGACGAAGCCCACGAGAUAUUGGCCAAGUUGUUCAUUGGCAACUUGAAAGGUGCCAAGGCCGUUGAGGCCAAGAGGGCUCAAAGCUAUAACCAGAGCGCUGAUAGCGGCGUCAAUGUGCCCCUUAUUGCUGUUGCUGUUCUCGUGUUGGCUUUCGGUGCAUACUACUACAAGACCAAUUUCGCCUAG